AUGCUCGGCUCCUCCAGCAAUCCUGAACCGCCACUCCUCUCGCGGAUAAUUGGAGUACCUCCACCGCCCCCGCCUCGAGCACCGACUACCGCUCUUGUACUACGCAUCCCACCGGCUAGUCCGGCCAAAAAGAAGCAACCCGACACUAGGAACAAGUACCAGGAAACUGCGCUCAGAGAUAAAAAGACUGUGAAUAACAUACUCUUUUUGUAAUUUAUAGUAGCUGAAGGACUUAUAAGAUUUCAAAGCACUUGAAAAGUGAUAAUUUUAGGAGAGUAGUAGAAAAAUUUUGAUAGGAUUUAUAAAUUCACGCUAAUUCAACGAAAUUUUGCAGCGGACACCACUCGAAAAGGCUAGACAUCUUGACAAUCUUCCAUCGUAUCAGGUUAGUCGAGCAAAAAAAAUACAUAUGAAAUGGACAAAUUGAAAUACAUAUGAAAUGGACAAUAAAAGUUUCUGAUCGGGCUUCCUCAUCUCGAAUGCUGUUUCUGUUGGGUUCAAAUAGAAUUUCGCGCGUUGUAGACGUCCCUCGGCCCCGUUAUAUCUCGAUGAGACACUUAAUGUUAAUACAAUUUCUUCUUUCUCCCCCCGACAACACACAAGCAUUUCAUAAGUUUUGCCCCAUUCUUCAGAAGAACUUCAUCUUCUUCCUCGCUCCUUGGCACUUCCCAAAGUUACUCAGCGUUUGAACAUGUUUUCUCUCUCGCAUGUCACUUUAUAGUGUCAGUUCUGUCAAAAAAGAGGCCCGUGGGGGACGAAAGUCUAUCUUUGCCCCAUAAUAGUAUUUGGAUGAUCACUUAGAAUCUUGUGGCUACUGCGGAGUAGACGAAAACGACUUUCUGCGAGGCACUCUGGCUUUUCUUCCUUUCCUUUCCUCCUUUCAACACUUUGCUAUCACACAAAGUUCACACUUUCUACAAUUUUUCUUUCCAUUUUUGACGGAUAGCUGCUUUUUGUCUCAGAGAUUUGCUCUUUAAAAAUUUGAGGAUUUUAAAAUGAAAUUGUGAUGACAAGUCUCCAAAAGCAUCAAUGUAUCACUCAAAACAAGCGAAUACAAAGUAUAUAAAAAAGGUAACGGUUUUUUUCAUUCCUAGGGCUUUUUUUUCUGAUGUGAAAAUGUUCUUCACAUGUAAGACCACUGGCUAAUUGUCCGAAAAAGAGCUCCCGAAAAAUGUUGUCAGCUCGGUCUAUUCAAACGUGUAUAAUCAGAUUUUGAUGUACACAAUGUAGUUUCAUGAAAGGGUAUCAGAAAAUAAAUUGAAUUUGAGUAUAGAGUAAGAGCGACCAGAAAUAUGACAAAAAUUAGAUUAUUAUGAAAAAAUUGCCCCUAAUUUUUAGGCCCAAAAACUAUUAGACGGCUCCCAUCAACUUCGCAUCGACUCCCAUCACGUUGGAACAGCUGGUCACGGAGCAGGUAACGUUUUGAGAACGGAAUAAUAGUCUCUAAAAUUUGGUUUAGGAUCAGGCCACGGACACAAAAAAGAAUUCGGACCUGCGAUGAUUCUCUACUAUUUGGCGUCAGCGUUCCGCGCUUUGUAUCCACGUCUAGAUGACGAUUUCGUCGACAAACUCAACUAUUAUUACACAACAACUAUACGUGAGGACAGUUUGUUUAUUUUGGUCACGAUUUUUCUGUUUUCCAGUAGCUUCUUUUGCCCUUUUGGUAUCUGCAAAGCAGUACGUCGGUUUCCCGAUUCAAUGCUGGGUGCCCGCCACAUUCACCGACGCUAUGGAGCAGUACACGGAGAACUAUUGCUGGGUGCAAAACACCUACUGGGUGCCGAUGCAGGAAGACAUUCCCCGCGAGAUCUAUUCACGAAGAAACCGACAAAUUGGAUAUUACCAAUGGGUUCCGUUUAUUCUCGCUAUUGAAGCUCUACUGUUCUACGUUCCCUGCAUUCUCUGGAGAGGACUGCUUUACUGGCAUAGCGGUAAGUGAAGAAGGAGGACAAACUUGGUCUAGCCAGUCAGUUUUUCAGGCAUCAAUCUUCAAGGCCUUGUCCAAAUGGCCUGCGACGCCAGACUCAUGGAUUCCGAAGUGAAGACUAGAACGGUCUACACAAUGUCUCGUCACAUGCAGGAUGAAGUUCAAGUUAGUUAAUCUUGCACACAGUCUUGAGACCUACUAACCCCUCACCCACUUUAGCUCACAAACAUCGACAGACAAGCUCAUAGCAGAAGCUGCUUCUCUAAUCUACAGAUGGGCGCAAAUUGUGGACGUCAUUGCGGCUGCUACGUCACCAUGCUCUACAUCGGAAUCAAGGUUUUUGCAGGGAAGCGAAUUAAAAUUAAGUAGCUGGUUUAAAGGUGCUUUACUCUGCUAACGUUCUGCUGCAAUUCUUCCUGUUGAACCACCUACUCGGAUCCAACGACUUGGCUUAUGGAUUUUCGCUGCUGAAGGACUUGAUGCAUGAAAUUGAAUGGGAACAGACUGGAAUGUUCCCGAGAGUGACUCUAUGUGAUUUCGAGGUAGAUAAGAGCAUUUUAAUUGAAAAAUAUCACACUUGUGUUUAGGUCCGCGUUCUGGGCAACAUUCAUCGGCAUACUGUUCAAUGCGUGUUGAUGAUCAACAUGUUCAACGAGAAAAUAUUCCUUUUCCUAUGGUUCUGGUUCCUGACAUGCGGAAUAAUCACCGUCGCUAACACUAUGUACUGGAUUCUCAUCAUGUUCAUACCUUCUCAGGUCUGAGUUUCAAUCUUAUGUUCUAAGCCAUUUCAUCCUUUUUUCAGGGCAUGUCAUUCGUUCGCAAGUACCUCCGCGUUUUACCGGAUCAUCCAGCCAAACCGAUUGCCGACGAUGUCACUUUGCGAAAGUUCACCAACAACUUCCUCCGCAAAGAUGGUACGUACCCAAAAAACAAAUCCAAUUGAGAUUACUCUUAUGUUCAGGUGUUUUCAUGCUUCGUAUGAUCUCCACACACGCUGGAGAGCUUAUGAGCAGCGAGCUCAUUCUUGCUCUUUGGCAAGACUUCAACAACGUCGACCGUAGUCCUACGCAGUUUUGGGACGCGGAACAUGGACAAGGAACGAUAGAUUAG